GGCUGUUGCUUGGAUACUGCGCCCGGAAAAGGAAGCUUCAUUUUCUUCUUACAAUUUCGUGUUGGUUGUUUUUAACCAAAAAGUAAUUUUGUUAAGUUAUUUUGAUUGUUAGUUUGGCCCUUUUGUAACCAUGAGUUCUCUUAGACUCCAAAAGAGACUUGCAGCCAAGGUGCUGAAAUGUGGUAUCCAUAAAGUUUGGUUGGAUCCUAAUGAAUCAAGUGAACUUGGAAACGCUAAUUCAAGAGCCCACAUCCGUAAAUUGAUUAAAGAUGGUUUAAUUAUUAGGAAACCAAUUGCUGUCCAUUCUAGAGCAAGAGUACGAGCUAAUACUGAAGCAAGAAGGAAGGGUCGACACACCGGUCCCGGUAAAAGAAAGGGUACAGCCAAUGCUCGUAUGCCAACAAAGGUUUUAUGGAUUCGUAGGAUGAGAGUUCUUAGACGUUUAUUGAAAAAAUAUCGAACUAAUAAGAAGAUAGAUUCUCAUCUUUAUCAUACAUUAUACCGUAAAGCUAAGGGUAAUGUAUUUAAAAACAAGAGAGUUUUGAUGGAAACCAUUCACAAGAUGAAGGCUGAGAAAUUACGAAGCAAGCAACUUGCCGAUGCCGCUGAAGCCAGAAGAGUACGAGCCAAGGAAGCUAGAAGGAGACGGGAAGAGAGAUUACAACAAAAGAAACAAGAACAAUAUGCCCAGUAAAAUUCUUUUGAUGAAUGUAAUAAAGUUAAUGUAACUAUAUACCGGUGAAUUACAUUCUUGUUUUAUUUUUUUAA